UUUUCUCUGUAGUUGAAAGAAAACAUUGAAACAUUUUGAAAAUAUAAAGUGUUUGUAUUGCGCAGAUAGUAGAUGAAGUAAAAACAUAUGCAUGGAAUACAAUUGGUUUUAUAUCAUUGUUCAAUAUAAUAAAAAUGUGAAAUAUUUAAGACGUUAAUUCAAUCCUUUGGACGUAUAACUUAAUGGCUUUAAUACAGUAAACUAUAGUGACUGAUUACCAUUCUAUAAACAUCGCACGUGUUAUUUUAAAGGACCUGCUCAGCAUGAUGAUGUCGGAUAUGCAAAACACACUAAAGGAGGUUGACAUACAAGUCGUCUACAGAAGAUUGGAAGCCCGAAAAAGAAACAUAACAAACGAUUCGAAAAUGUCCAAACGUCAACUGGCUUCGGCAUAUCGUGGUUACCAUGGACUAGAGCCUCAAUAUCAUGCAUUGAUGCAAAUGUCAAAUACUUCAUUACUCAACACAAAGAUAAAAAAUGAUCACUUGCAUUUAAAGCAUGUCGGAGAAAUUAAACACUUAAUAGAGCAGGAAAAAUCUACCAAAGAGAAAGCGGAAAAAGACAUUAAAGUAUUGCGUGAGGAUUUUACAGCUCAAUUAGCCUACCAGUAUGUUUACAAAAAUCAAAGUUUUAAAAGACAUUACAAGUCUCAGCAACAAAAGAAGCCACGUCCAGUUUCGGAUAAGCCAGAAUUCUACGAAAUGGAAAGAAGAAAAUCUGCAAAAGCAGUUGAUGUCAGACCAUUAGGAUCACUUCGUCAGAUAGAAAUAUACAAAGACGAGCUUAAAGUGAAGUUUCCACCUCUGUCCAAGCAAGAUAGCUCUAAAGAUGGCAUGUCACCUAGAGUAAAUAUGAUGGGUGAAACAUCUUACCUUGAGCGUACAUCUGAUACAAAGGACAAUAAUCACGAAACUAAAAUAGCCACAUCAUUUCCAAAUAUUGAAGACGCCAUGGGAAUACAUGUGAAAUUUGAAUACAAGAAAUCAGACGAUGACAGAUUAAGUACGAUAACAGCACCACCAGCGGGACUUGACGCAGAAAGUGACAACGAUGAAUCGGUAACAAAGAAAAACCUCGUUUCUUUUAAUAUGGGUCAGAAUUUGCUUUUAAUGCGACAGAAAGAAAAGGAAAAUUUUGAAAAACGUCGAAUAUUGCCAACAACUCCAAAUUCCAAAACUCAGAAAUUAUCAGAUGGGGAAAAAGACGGUUGGCGAAGGGUUUUACCAAAGACACCUUCACGGCCGUCGACGGUUUAUCUUGGGAGUAAGAAUGACAUUCAACUUAGGAAACUGAUGAAAAAGGAAGCGACAGAUGUAAUGAACACAUGGAAUAAUAUUUCAAUGCGGAAAGAAGUAAACGAGCUUGCAAAAGAGCAUAACAAAUCUGCACUGGCUAAAAAUCCAGUUCCUGUCUUUGAUAUAUCUCGACCUACUUCGGCUAUUCUCAGAGACUUUCAACAGUAUAAGCGGAAAAAGGAGGAUGAAAUCGAAAUGCGUGAACAAGAAGAGAACCAGACAAUGAUUGUGCGGCAAUUAUCGCCUCAGCCUCGGGUCGGAUCGCCGGUUGCAACAAGUCGCAAUAGAUAUAUGCACACAACAAGACCUUCAACUUCACACGGUGGCACAUCAACACUUCAUCGGACAGACAGCGAGAAAUUUCCAUCUGUUUCACGCACCUCUUCUUAUAAAGAGGUCCCUGAAGCUGAUCGUUGUCUUGAAAAUGCUUUAUUGACCGCGGCGGAACGGAUUGAACUAGAGAGAAAAAAACGCAGCAAUGAAGAUAUAGUUGAGGACGACGCCAAAGUAAACAUAUCUCAAAAGAUAAAGCGGCGAUUACCAAUAACACCGAAUAUUGCUUCGAAAAAAAUAGAGCGACCUACAACUAGUGAAGGAAGAGUAAAGGCAGGACCUGUGAAGGUAUUUGACACUUCCGCUUUGUCACAGGACAGGGAUAUGGACAUGAUAAACCGUGUCAGAAUUGCAAACAAAACACGUAAAGAAGGACUAAAGCCUUUGCUACUAGAAACGAAACCGUCUGUUGAACAAAAUAAUGAGGAUAAUUCUUACAAACCUCUUGAUAAACAGGAUAACAUUAAGUCAGACAACGAUGGUAUGACACCUUCCAUAGCUGAGAGCCUGUCAAAGAUUAAAUCUUCUCACAAUCUGAGUGAACAUCAUUGGUGGCCAAAAUCAUCAAAGGCUAUGAAAUUUAAUUACGACAACUAUUCAAGGACAACACCAAAAAUGAAAAAACGAAUGGAGACUCGAGCCAAAAAUAGGAAAAAGAUUCAGCAAAAGAAUGCCGAAAUGGAAUUAUUGACGAAACAAGCAGGAAAGGAAGCAUUGACCAGGGAAGAUGUUGAACGUCCAUCUACAAGAGUAUCGUUUAAUGAAAAUGUUAUUGUUUUCCAAACUAUUUAGACAGACGAACAUACAAACUAACCGUAUUCAAGGACAUCAUAUAGAAACAUAGAAAGCGAAUAGUUUGAAAAAGCAUGUGUCUUAGCGUAUGCAUAUUCAGAUUAUAACGUGACAACACUUGAUAUUUUCAAUCUAAGUCGAUUUGCAAACUACAUGUAAAAUAUUAUAUCAAAUACACAAUAUUAUGUUGAAAUGUGCACAGACAAACGUAUAACAGUCAAACUUAACUUAGAGAAAAUUGUGCCUCAUAAAUUUGUACAUACAUGUUUAUCCUGUGGUUUUAAUCGAGUUUUAGUUCUUUUAUCGCGUUUCUUUUAGAAUUAGGUAUUUCAUAAUGUAAUAAUGUUUGACAGCAUCAGAAUUUUAAAGAAAGAAAAACAUUAUCCCUCUGUGUAAAGACUUUAUAUUUUGCUAUGAAUUUUGCUAUGAUAACAUUAAAAUUUUAUCCUUUGACAUUUAAUUUAAUGCAGUAAGGAUUAAAACCGAACAGAAUUCCGUGAGAAUGGAAUAAUGGGUGUUUUUAGUAAGAAAAAGUAUCCUUGACGUUAGUGUUUCGGUGUAAAUAAAUACAAAGUCAAAAUUAAGAAGUAUCUAUAAAUAAUGUUAAGUUACGCACUUUUACACAGAUAAAUACGUUUAAACAAUACCGGUAUAUUUUGUAUUAAUAUGUAGAGAAAUUGUAGUGCAGGAACUCAAAGAUAGUAUCAAAUAAAAAGAAAAAAACAAUUA